AUGACAGCUGUGAAGUGUAAACGUUGCAAAGAGAAUUAUGCUACAGUGAAAACUAGAAAAGAACCAUUCUGUAAUGCAUGUUUCUUGAAGUUUAUCAGUUUGAAACAAAGGAAGUUGAUGAUGACCGAUGAAUUCUAUAGAGAUCAUUUCAAAGUGUUAUAUGGUAAGGAUUUAAAGAAUAAUGGGAUCUCCGAAGUUGUCUUACCAUUUGAUUUCAGCUCAUCCUCUUUUAGUGCCCUUGAUGUACUUGUGAGCUUAUUGAAAGAACAAUACGUUCAACAUCGUGGAAGAGUUGGUUUCAAUGUUAAAAUUGUAACAAUAUUUAAAAAUGAGGAAGAAAGAAAACUUUUCCAACAAUCAUGGAAAAUGUUAAGAGAUUCUAAUAUGUAUGACGACCAAGUUUGGUUACAAUUUGAAUAUCAUCUUAUAAACGCAGAGACCUUCUUUAGUGACGCAAAGGAUUUACAUCAAAUUGUUCUUCAUAACGAAGAUUUUAAUUCAAUGGGGCUAGACUAUAUACUUGAAGAUUCUAACGACUAUAAUAUUGAAGUCUUAUUAGCCCGUUGUCCAAAUAGAAAUACUAGGAAUGAUAUGUGGAUAUUCAUUGUUACCCAUCUGAUUAAAAAAUUUGCAUAUCAACACCAUGGUUGCGAAGUCGUUUUAUGGGCCCAUUCUAUGACCAAAUUAGCUGAUCACAUCAUUGGAUUGGUCGUCAAAGGAAGAGGUGCACAAAUUGCGGCAUCAUUAAAUUCUACCGAUUUUGACAGUGAUUAUGGUACUGCAUUCAAAAAUUUAUAUCCUUUGAAAAACACACUUCUCUCAGAAUUAGAUGCUUAUUGUAUUAUUACAGGGUUGGACAAAUUUGUGGUUAAUUACACGGUUAAGAAUGAUUUGAUGCUCACAGAUGAUACUGAACAAAAAACAGUUGAUCCAAGUAAGAAUGUAAGGUUAGUUAAAAAUAUGACAAUUAACGAAUUGGCUCGUAAAUAUUUUGACGAUAUUGAAGGGGAAUACUCUAACAUUAUAGCUACUGUUUUAAGAACUGGGGAUAAGUUGAAACCACCUUCUAAGACAAGCGAAACGGCUGAUGACAACAAAGACACUUCAAAAUGCUCUAUUUGUUUGAACGCCAUAUAUUCUAAUCCAUCAGACUGGUUAAGAAAUAUUGCCAUUAAUAGAGGGCAUCCAAUCGAAACUGAAGAGGAACAAGAAUUAUAUAAACAGUGGCAAGCAUCUCAAGUAGGUAUACAAACCGAGGAAUAUUUAAAUUUAAGAAACAAAGUUUGGACUGAAGGACAUGAGAUACCGCUAUGUUAUGGUUGUAUUAUCAACCUUAAUGGGAUUAAAACUAAAGAAAUAAUAUGGCCAAAACAUGACAAAGAUGAAUUGGAAAAUAUAUUAAAUGAGUUCGAGCUGAGCGAUUAA